AACACUCCAUUCUUAUCACUAAGGAAUUUUUUCAAAAUUUUCGAAUUUUAAAACUCAGCUUGUCAACCGCUCACCGUUAUCGCUACAUUUGAUGUCUUUCUUUAGAGUGUCCAUCGUCUUAUCGACUGGCUGUAUGUAAUAAUUCACCAUCUUACGUCUUCUAAGAGGAACAAUAAUAAUUAUGGUGUCCCGAAGAUUUUCAAUUUCAACGUUAUCGUUUCUUCUGCCUGUUUGGUUUCUCGUCGUGGAAUGUAAAACUGCGCAAGAAUGUUUACAGGUCGGAUACAACAGUACGAUUUUGAAAUGCACGUCCUGUUCUUCGUUAUCUAAAUUCAACUUGGAACCUUUAAGAGAAAGCUGUUUACAAUGCUGUCAGUUUACCGAAGACGAACCGGCGAUUAAAAAGUAUAGCAAAGCUCGAUUGGAAAUCUGUACUUGUAAAUUUGGAGCUUAUCCUCAGAUACAAGCGUUCAUCAAGAGCAAAUUACCCGAACAACAUCCCAAUCUGCAGAUUCGGUACGUACACGGUAGAGAUCCCAUCAUCAAACUUAUCGACGAGACGGACGAAGUGAAAGAGAUUAUAGCUAUCGAGAAAUGGAAUACGGAAACCGUGAACGAAUAUCUUAAAACUCACGUCGAAAACGACGACCGGGAUUGUUUGAAAUCAAACCUGAUUUGAUUCGAUGAUUUGCGCAUUUCGCAUUACGCCUUCUCAUCGUCGUCGUGAGUCAGUGAUGCAACAGUGGCAGUUUCAUCGCUUCCGUAAUUUGUGGUGGCGUGGCGUACUGUUAUUUUGAUAAUUUUUCUCUAUUUUAUCGUUGAUUUUGUAAUUUUUUGUAAUCGGUAAAUAGCAUUUUUCGUACCAACCACUAGAAUUUUACGAUACCGAAUAAAUACAUACUUACCUA